AUGGCUACUACAGAACAGCGAACACACGUUAUUGCUGCAAGGGAUCGAGGACCUGGACCCGCUAAAUAUAGGUUACCAUCGGCUAUGGGUUUUCAAAGUCAUGACUUGACUAAACGUUUAAGUCCUGCUUAUUCAUUUGGAACACGAUCAGGAAUUGAUUUAUUUAAAAAAGAUGCUAGCCCAGGACCACAAUAUUUCAUAGACCCCAAAUGUACUCGCCGUGGUAAGGACGGUGUCCCUGCAUAUUCUAUGCUCGGAAGACACAAUUUAAACACGAAUCAAAAGGUGCCUGGACCCGGUCAGUAUUCGCCUGAAAAAAAUAAACCCCCUAAUGAAAGAACUGCACCAAAGUAUUCUAUGGCUGGAAGAACUCGAUUUAGAAAAAGUGAUUCUAUACCAGCACCAAAUUCAUACACUCUACCUACUACGUUAGGAAGUAGGAUCGUCAGCAAACGUUCAUCCGCUGCACAUUCAAUGGCAGGACGAGGCAAGGCUGGAGGAUUCUCUGAAGAUUUAGCUAAAGCUCCCGGACCAGGAAAGUACGACCCUAUCGCUCUUGACGUUAAUAAUAGGAAAGCUCCUUCUUAUUCCAUACAAGGUCGUCCACAAAAUCACUCGUCUGCCUCGAUGCCGGGUCCCGGUGCUCACAGCCCUGAUAAAGUUACAAUUACAAGAAAAAAAGCUCCCAGCUUUUCUAUGGGUAUACGCCACUCUGAAUUUGCUACGCCUUUAAUUGUUGAAAUUACUGAUUAAUAAUUCUUGACUGUAUAUUACCAGUAUACUAUUAUAGCAAUGGUAUUUUUCUACGAGCAGUAUCAUAACACUAUUAUUAAUUAUGGUAGUAAAGAAAUUAAAUUAUAUAUAUGGUGACUAAUUAGGCCUUGCUUUGC